UGCCGCGAUAGGGCGAUCUUCCAUUCGGGGAACAGCUGUUCUCGCCUUUAAUAAACCUUAUGUAAACGUGGCGUACGGGAGCGAUUUUGGACUAAAUCCUGCAAAACCUCCAAAUUUUAGAUGUUCUGGAACGCACUAAAUAUGUAUGUAUGUACAUUUGUACAUAUGUAUGUAUGUACAUAGUUACGCAUAUUCAGGACUGCUAUUGUGGCACUCCUCAGAUAGGUUUAUAGUACGGAAAUCUGCUUACAUUCAUACAUAUGUACAUAAAUCGUUGCAUUUGUCCAUACUAUGUAAUUAAAUAUCGAAUAUUUUAUUGAUUUCACAAUUGAAAAAUGCAUUUAUAAGCAGAAGUUUUGUUGUCUAGUGUAAAUCACGCGAGUGCAUCGCUUGGGAAAAUACGUACAUAUAUACGUAUAGACAUACAUACAUACAUACAUAUAUAUGUAGGUUCUAAUCAGUCUUGAAGUCACACCUCUCAAGCGUUAAUUUUUUCAGUUAGGCUAUUAUAGAAACAAAAACCACAAUGCACCACUAUAUAAAACUGCCGGUUUGUUGAACGAGUAUAUGUCCAUAUAGUAAAUACAUAUGUACAUUUCGUAAUUUUUAGUUCUGGUGCAAAGAUAGAAAAAGUGACGUAACAAUAACCUUUUUCUCUAUGACUCAAAUCAGCUGCAUCUCUUGCCCAUACUCCAUGUAUGUGUGCAUGUAUUCUAUACAUCGAGUUUUCUCAUGUGCUUGCCUUUUAUCAAUCCGCCACGUAUCAGCUGUGUGAUGUGAGAACGCAAUCACAUUUUAAUCUUUACAGUCGUUUUUAUUUUCAUGAGAAUGAUAACGCAAAACUUAAAUUGAUAAUAAAAGAUUGCGAACAUAUUCGGCUAGCGGCAAGGUCUCCGUGUAUUAACACAAUUCUCAUUUUUUUAGAGGAGCGCGCCGCCCAUCAGUCGAGCGGCGAGCAUUUGCGAUAAAGGUCAGUGUGUCGUGCGCGGUUUGUUCAUAAACUAAGUUCUAACAACAAUCUAAACAAUAGGGGAGACGCAAGUGCUGUUGUCUGUUCGUAAACCACUCACAGUUGAGAUGCAAGCGUGGUUACGUAUUUCAUUGCUCCUAUGGAUUUUCGGAUUUUUUCGUGAAUUUCGCCCUUCAGAACCGUUUGUUACGGAAUACCUGAGUGGACCGUGGCAUAACAUCACGGCGGAGCAGGUUAAUAAAGAAAUCUAUCCGUUUGGUACUUACGCUGUGCUGGCACAACUUGCCAUUGUUUUCCUAAUCACCGAUAUACUUCGCUACAAACCAAUUAUUAUUGUUUCCGCAUGUUCCGGUAUUAUACUCUUUGGCAUACUACUGUGGACGUACAAAGUAUGGGAACUACAGGUGGGCCAGGUAUUAUACGGUACCUUUAUGGCUACAGAAGUGGCGUAUUACACAUAUAUUUAUGCUAAAGUGGAUAAGGAGCGCUAUCAGAUUGUAACCGGUCAUACACGAUCAGCGAUUUUAUGUGGAAAAUUUUUAGGCGGUGUUGUAGCUCAAGUUUUGGUUUCUACCGAAGUCAUGGACUACAGAGGUCUUAAUUAUAUUUCCUUUGGCUCACAAAUAGUAUCACUUUUUAUAGCAGUGCUUUUACCGCCGGUGGGCAAAAGUUUGUAUUUUUAUGUAGAUGAAGUUUCGUAUCCAACUACAGAACAGAAGAAUGACAACUCCCGUAGCUCACAACUUGAAGCUUUUCCACAAAACGGCUCCGCCGCUGCCAUCCCAACGGCUGCAAGUGACAUCAGUUUGACUACAUCACCUCGAUUUUCCUGGAACAAUGCCUUUCAGCUACUUACGAAACAAAUUGUUAGUGCUUAUACCAAUCGCACAGUAAUCCGUUGGAGUUUUUGGUGGGCUUUGGCAACAUGUGGUCAGGUUCAGGUGAUCUCUUAUGUGCAAUUUCUCUGGAAGGAUAUAGAUCCGCGCAAUGAGAGUUUCUACAACGGUGCUAUAGAGGCGAUUGUAACGCUCUUGGGUGCUGGUAGCGCCAUGGUGGCUGGUAUAGCUAACACUAGUCAUCAUAAAAAGUGGCACAUGUGGAUAUUGACUGUUUGUUCGCUUCUUAUGGGUGUUUUCACUAUCUAUUCAUCACAGACGAAUUUUGUUUGGAUGGCCUACAUAAUGUACAUUCUUUUUGGAAUCUGCUACUUUUUCGUCAUUACAACAGCGAGCGCUAUUGUUGCAGAGAAUUUAUCCGAAGACAGUUUUGGCUUAAUUUUCGGCAUUAAUACUCUGGCGGCACUUGUAUUGCAGUCGAUUCUAACACUUGUGGUAGUUACUGAUACCGGCUAUGGGUUAAAACCUCGUGAACAAUUCUUUGUUUAUGGUUGCUAUUUUAUUGUUCUCGCAAUCAUGUACUUUGUGGCCGUACUUAUGCGACUUUUAUUUAGAAAACUGAGGUGCUGCGGGAAUGGUGUCGUAAAUAUUACGAGUUACAAUUAAGAUUAAUUUAAAGUUAAGUAUCUCAAAACUCUUAAAAUGUGAUUGCACAAGGAAAUGUGUACUUAUACAAUAAAACUCAUAGCAUAGAAAAAAAGUAUGUCAUUAGUCGCAGUGAUUAAGCGGAUGCAAAUAAAUGUCUGAAUUUUAUUAUCACGAUUAGAUUUUAGAUAUGUAUUUAUGAAUAUUGCUUGGGCAAUAAUUUUAAUCUUAAGUUAUCAGUUACAGAUAAUAAAAUUGUUAUUUUCUCGCAAAAUAUCUACUUUUAAAAUUCGCAAUUUAUUAAUUUUCCACUGCCGAACAUGGACUCAGUGAUAUGAUGACAUAGUACUUUAUUGUG